AUGAGCAGUGCCUAUUUUUAUCUUUUUUCUUUAGUUAAUUAAUAAAUACUGGUUGAAUUUUAUUUAUUAAUUUAUUAAAAAGCGUUUAAUAUAAUUAGUUAUUUUUAGAAGUAAUUAAUUCUAACUAAAAUCUUAAUUAUAAACAAGCCGACCGAUUUUUAGUUCAAAUAGCUAUUUUAAAAAUCAAAUUUUAUAUAAUUUUAUAUUUUAUAAAUAUUUACAAUAAUAUAAGUUUAUAACUUUAAUUAUAAAAUGAAAUUUUUAUCUAAAAUUAUACUUGCAUUAAUUACUAUUUGCUUGAUUAAUGCUCAAGAUUCUUAAGAAGGAAAGAAAGUAUUAAAUUGCUUAUAAUAAAUAGAAAAUAAAAAUCCUUGUUAAAUAGAUGAUAAAGAUUGCAUGUCAGAGUUAUCUAAAUUCGAUAGAUGCACUUAAUAAUGCGUGAUUGCUAUUGCUGGAGAAACUUUUGGUCAAUUAAAAUAUUGCAUUUUAUCAAACUGUACCACAAAUGAUUAAAAUGUCUAAAUUCUUAUUGAUGAAUCUAUUAAAUGCAUACACUCAAGCAUUUUAUAAACAGCUUUCAUUAUUUUUAUUAUUUUAAAUAUUAUAUUUUGA